GUGAAGAUUGUUUUACUUCUGAAAGAAAAAAGUUAUGAAUAAAUUAUACAAAUCUUCAACAAUAUGUUUGUUAUUAUUAAUUCUCUAUGCUGAAGGAUUCAGUCAUGAACAACAAGCAAAAUGGUAUGAUGAAUACCCGGACUGCAAUUCAGAUCGUCAGUCACCUAUAGAAUUGAACUCUAAUGAAGCUACAACAUCUUAUUCUAUACCUGCACUUAAUUUUGUAAAUUAUGAUGUUACCUACAAAGAUCCAGUCGUUACACAAAAUACUGGACAUACAGUAGAUUCGCAGUUACCAGCAUAUCUUAAUAGCGAGUGGUUGCCUCAUGAUUCACAAUUCCCAUAUAUAUAUGAUGGACCAUUGCCAAAUGGUUACUAUAUACCACAAAGUUUCCACUUUCAUUGGGGUUCGAAAGAUGCACACGGAUCUGAACAUGUUAUCGAUGGAAGACGUUAUUCAUUGGAAAUGCAUAUUGUUCACAAAAAUAGUAAAUAUGCAACUGUGGCAGAAGCAUCAAAUUAUAUAGAUGGACUAACAGUUCUCGCUGUGCUCUUCCAAACACAAGAAUCCGCACCAUAUUUAGAAGACUUUGAUGUGGUACUAAAAGCAAUAAGUCUUACUACCGCAUACGAAGACACAACUCAUAUAUAUAAUUUUACACUUUCCUCUCUUCUUGGCAAUUUAAAGACAACAGAAUUUUUUACAUAUGAGGGAUCACUGACAACUCCACCAUGUUCGCAAGCCGUUACUUGGAUUGUUUUUACAGAUAUCAAAACAAUUUCACCCUCGCAAAUGCAUGUUUUUCAUAGUCUAUCUGAUAGUCAUGGAGUAAUUCUUGAGAAUAAUUAUCGUUCCCUGCAAGCAAAAGCUAAUCGUAAAAUUUAUUUGCGAAAAAGUCGUCAAGUUAUAGACACUACUGUUGAAUCCAAUUUGUAUAAAAUGUUAAGGGAUAAACUAGUACCACAAUAGUUUAUAAUUUAUUAAAAUUGUUUUUA